AUGGCUCUGACUAGUUCCACUACUCCCAUGCUGGAUGCUGCCAUUGUUCACGAGAAGAGAACUUCCGGCCCAGGCAUAGUCGCCGGGAAGGCACCAUCCAUCCAAGGCAAGGACCAAGUUCGCAUCGUGACUUGUGACGAGUACAAAGAAGCCGCCGCGUGCCUCGCCGAAGCCUUUCAAGACGAUCAUGUAGUGCGCUAUCCAGUCGAUACGCCCGACCGCAUGCAUCUCUCUGAAGCCGAGCGCUACAAGCUUCACGUCGAAUCCAUGGAAUACAUCGUCUAUGCCCACUGUCUGAAUGGCCUCGUGCUCACCGUCGGUGACAAUUUUGACUGCGUCGCCCUGUGGCUUCCUCCAGGCAAGAACAUCGAUUCUUGGUGGACCAUCCUGCGUAGCGGCAUGUGGAGGUUGCAGUGGUCUCUGUCCACCGAGGGCAGGGAGCGCCUGUUCAAAGAGUUUCUCCCGCUCCUCUCUCGUUCCAAACUUGAAGUUCUUGGUGACCUUGAACCAAACUCGUGGUAUCUGAACUACAUUGGCACUAGGGCUAGUGCACGUGGCAAAGGAUAUGCUCGCAAGCUCAUCGACUAUGUCACCAAUGAGGCCGACAAGGAGGGCGCAGCAUGCUACCUCGAGAGCUCCCAUGACAUCAACGUGGUCAUCUAUGGUAAAAUGGGAUUCGAACUCAAGAAGCAGAUAUAUCUCCAACGCGAGAAGAACCCGCUCAAGAUGGACGUCAUGGUCAGAUAUCCUCCGGCCGCCAGCAAGAAGGUCUGA